AUGUACCAUUACAUCAAAGAUGCUGCCAGUUCCUUACAGCACAUGAGUUUUUUGAUAUUCGCGAUCGUAAAACACGAUGAGGUGAAUGUUGUCGUCAAAACCAUUUACACGGUCAACGCCCGUCUUCGUACACACGUUACGCCGAAGUUCUCAUCGAAAUUAAUAGGGGUGUACAUUUCCAGUGUAAUUUUGUUUAUCAAGGUUUUAUCUUUGUGUUUAAUAUUACCUGCAAUUGACAUUGUGUAUAUGUCAAUCGUCUGCUUGUCUGACUUGAGCUUGUUGUCGUUUGUGCUGGCGUCCGUCUCGUUGCUUCAAGCCCUCAUAUCGCUGAUGAGACGAGUUAAAGUGGGUACGGAGUGGGUUUUGAAACGUCGGGAUUUUCGAAACGGUUUUCGCCUAAAGGAUUUGGCUGAGUUAAGGCUAGCACUUUGCACUGCUGCCGAUGCAUUCGCGUCGUACCUCGCGCCCAACGCCCUUCUUCUCACCGCGUUGACACUGGCGAAAAUGACCAUAAGAGCAAAAUUGGUUAUAGAUCAUUUUUCGAGUGUCAAUGUAAAUCAAUAUGCCUUACUCUUCGAGUGUUCAGUAAUGACUUUCAAUUUUGUUCUUCUGAUAACUGUGAUCAACGCAACCGAAGCCAUCAAAAAUGAGGUGAAAGAUUUCAACACUUUGCUCUUCCAGAUGAUGAUCGACGAUAAAUCAGCCGAACUGUCAAAUAAUGAGACAUUGAAACUGCACAUAUCUUUGAACCGCGAAGUGGUUUUCACCGCUUGCGGGCUUUUCCCAUUGGACUACACCCUCAUCCAUUCUAUGGUAGCAGCUGCGACGACUUAUUUGGUCAUCCUGAUCCAAUUCAGCAGCGCAGACCCAGAGAUAAAUCCAUUUAUUAAUGGAACGCUGUCUACUUCUACUAACGACACAUUGAAUACAAUUCAUUAA